UUCAUUUUCUGAUAACAACAUUGUUCGUGACGUUCUGCAAAAUAUGAAGCAGUUAGAAAAAUUAGAAAAACAAUUACUAUUUCUUUCUGACAAAAUCGGAAAUAUAACUUCACCUUCACAACUACAAACCGAAAACACAUUAAACUGUUCAAUAAAUAUAACUCCUGUAUCACAAAGUAGAACUGAAACACAACAAGAUAAUUUAACAUCUUAUCAGAAAAUUGUUAACAAUACACAAUCAUGCAACAGUGAAAAUCAAGAUAAAACUUCACCUGAGAAAAUUGUCGCAGCGCCAUUAAAAAGAAAAAGUGAUACACUCGAUCAAGAAUCAUCUUCGCUAAUUCCAUCUCUAAAGAAACUUGCCACAUCAGUAUCAGCACAUUUAGAAACGCCCACGUUUUCUAAAUCGCAACAAAUUGUUGAUGCAUCAAAUGCAAUUACACCUCCACCUAAACCAAGAUCUCCUAUUGACGCUUCUGCACUAACAGGCAAUUUAGAUUGUGGAAUUAGCUUAGUAAAAAACAAUUCAACCGGACCUCUACCGCAUUUAAAUGUAAUUUCCUCAACUUUGCCAAACCAAAAUAUACCUAUGACUAAUCAAACGAAAUUUGUAUCUCCUAUUGAGUCAGGGCUGAAAAUAGUGGAAGGACAAAAAACUAUAUUUAUUUCCAAAUUAGACCCUAAAACGAAUGCUUUAGAUAUUAAAAAUUAUAUACAAAAUAAACUUGGCAUGAUUCGAUUUAUGACUGUUGAAAAAAUGAUUCAACGUAACUUCUCAAAAUACUCAUCUUUCAAAAUAAAAGUACCUGAUUCAAUAUUUUAUAUCCUAAAUUCUUCGUCUUUCUGGCCUAAUGGUAUUAUCAUGCAUGAAUUUGAAAACAGAUCCGCAAAGACACAGCACACAAAUUUUCGACCACAUCUGACAAUGCGAAACCCUCGUCGAAGCAGCUUCAACAAUUACUAAUAUAU